AUGAAAGACUUAGGUGAGUUGAAGUUCUUUCUAGGCAUUGAAUGUGCUAGAUCCAGUCAAGGAAUUCACAUGUCUCAGAGAAAAUAUGCACUGGAACUGAUUGCUGAAUGUGGGCUAGGAGGAGCUAAACCUGCAGGAACACCAUUAGAACAAAAUAAGAAGCUGACAUCAGUGAAAUAUGAUGAACUCCUAUCACAUGAAGGCAGAGUUGAUGAUAAACAAUUGCAGCACCCUGAAAGGUACCAGAGACUUGUGGGAAGACUCUUAUAUCUCACUAUGACUAGACCUGCUAUAUCUUUCCCAGUCCAGGUGUUGAGCCAAUAUAUGCACAAUCCCAAGGAGUCACAUAUGGAAUCUGCACUGAGAGUUGUCAGGUACCUCAAGGAAGCUCCAGGCCUUGGGCUAUUAAUGUCAUCUCAAAGUACAAAUACUUUGACUGCCUACUGUGAUUCUAACUGGGGUGCUUGCCUGGAAACAAGAAGAUCUGUUACUGGAUAUCUAGUAAAGUUUGGUGGAUCACUAAUUUCCUAG